AUGGCCCGUGCUCGUCCCGGUAUGUGCAACAUACGUCGCCGAGUCUCCGUGGAACAGCUACGCGUGCUGUUUGAAUCAGUGGAGGAAGACCCCACCCUCUACAAUUCUGGACGGGCUGAUAUGUCCUUUGCCACUGUCCAAAAAUGGACGAAACUCUCCGAAGUAUUGAACAAUAUUCCUGAUGGUGCUGCACUAACUGCUAUGAAUUGGAAAUACGUACUGCGCUAUUGGGGCGAGAAUACUAAAAGGCGCAUGAAGCUCGGCAAAACCAACUAUAUGAAGAGCAAGAGGGCUGCUUUUCUCUCUCAUGGGGAACUGGAGGUCUUGCACGACCUGGAGAAGAAGCUGUAUGAGUUCAUGAAGCAGGAAGAAGCCAAGGAGGCUAUCAACCUGAAUGAGCGCGUUUUCGACAUGGAUGCAUACGAGAAUCGUCCAAGAAGAAGCCUUCGCAUUUCCAACCGUACCUUUGUUCCCGAUGAAGACGACGAAACCAAUAUGGCGAUGCAAAUAAAUUAUGAAACCGCCAAAACUCUACACGAAAGGCAACUUGAUUUCAUAGCCAAUGAUACGAGCGAGGAUUUAGCUGGGGCUCCUCAGCAGCAGAUCUUGGCUCGUCAGCUGGACCGUCUGCAGACGGUAUCCCGUGAGCUGGAAGACCACAUCGCCACUGUACAGAACCGAAUUCACCUCAUCAAGGACAUGUGGAUGCACAACUGCGGACAAAGGCACUAAAUCAGAUAGGCAGGACUCAUCGGAGAGAUCAGGGUUGUAGGAUGGAACGAAAAGUGAUAUAGGCUACACAAAGAAUGAAUGCAUGGAAUGCUUCACUAAGGAAUGAAUGAGGUGGAAAGUUUUUCAUAGGGGCGAUUGCCAAAUUAAUCAUAACAUUUUACCGUAUUUUUGAAUGUCGUAGUAGAAUGUUG